UUUCAGUAAAAAUUUUCAAAAACAACAAAAUAAUGGGACGAACAAAAUGUGCUGCUACAAGUGAAUCUUUAACCCUUAAAGGAGGGAAUAAAGGCAAAGGGAAGGAUAGAGCUUCACAUACUUCUCCAAUUAAGACAGGCUUUGAUGGGAGAAUGGACGCGCCGUGGCAGCGUCAAGUUGCAUAUUCACUUAGACUUCCAUGUACACUUAUUCAUACUACUUCUAAUGGUACAGAAAAAACACCAUCCAAGAAUGCAACCAAUGAUCGGGAGAAAGUGAGACAAGUAUUUUGGGCAAAAUCACUGGAAGGUCUCUGUGCUAUGGUACCUGUAAAAGUUGCAGACAAAUUUUUGCCCGAGCCAGGUGGAGCCGGUGGAUACAUUCCACAACGUUUAGAAUUACCCCCAAGAAUGGAAAUUAUGGCUCCCUCGUUGGAUAUAGAAGGAACAGCAGCAACAUUUUGUACAGCUUUACAUUCUUUUGAUAUUUAUGGGACCGAAUUAACUGGCCAAACAGCUACUAGAAAACAAAUAGAAGAGAACCCUUUUGACAGUUUAAAAUUUAACCAGCCAUUUGUACAGAUUCCUACAAUAACCGAGCAAGACAUUUCACAACAAGAACGUCGAGUUUUGGAUGCUAGAAAACGGCUACAAGAAUUAAGAAAAUCCUUUGUUAUUCGAUAA